GUGGUCGCAUUUUCCACAAUUUAAUUCGAAGAAAAGGUGUUAAUGCGUGUAUUUUGGACAAAUAUUUACAGAAAAAUGUGAAAAGACUGAGUGUUUCGGUGUGGAGUGGUUAGUCUUGAGAAAAACGGCGGCUUCGGUGUUUUUCAAUUUUAGUGAAUUUGUGGCACCAAACGUCACCACUAAUGUUGGCAGCUUUGGCGCAAAGUUCCCGCCAAUUUACUUCCGUGUAACAACAACGCUUUAUUCGCCACAAAAUCGGUGUUUUAUACGAAAAUGGAAGGUUUCGAUGAUCCAGGAGUGUUUUACAGUGAUAAUUUCACGGUUGAGGACAACCAAAGCGACCCCCAAAUCAAUUUACAAGGUGUUAAGAAAAAGUUCAAGGAGUUCAUCCGACAAUACCACACCGACAAUUUCAGCUACAAAUACAGGGACACCCUGAAGCGCAAUUACAACCUGCGCCAAUAUUACCUGGAAGUCAACAUUGAAGAUGUUGGCGCUUUUGACGAGACGUUGGCCGACAAACUAUACAAACACCCGUCGGAACACUUGGUUAUAUUUGAGGAAGCGGCCAAGGAAGUGGCCGACGAACUCACAGCCCCACGUCCCGAAGGAGAGGAAGCAGUUGAAGACAUACAAAUUAUGCUGUCUUCAGACGCCACUCCGACAAACUUAAGGAACAUGAAAUCGGACGUUGUCUCAAAACUAGUGAAAAUCCCAGGGAUUGUGGUCAGUGCGUCAGGGAUUAAAGCCAAAGCUACGAAAAUCGCAAUCCAGUGCCGUUCGUGCCAGAACGUAAUCCCCAAUUUACCUGUGAAGCCCGGGAUGGAAGGCUAUGUUAUGCCACGCAAAUGCAACACGGAGCAAGCAGGCCAGGCCAAGUGCCCCUUGGACCCCUACUUCAUAAUCCCUGACAAAUGCCACUGCGUCGAUUUCCAAAUCCUCAAAUUGCAAGAACUACCAGACGGAAUCCCUCAAGGGGAAAUCCCCCGACACCUCACCCUCUACUGCGACCGCUACUUGUGCGAGAAAGUGGUCCCCGGGAACCGAAUCUUCGUCUUGGGGAUUUACUCGAUCAAGAAAAUCGCAAAAGUGGGCCGGCGUGAUGACCGUGAGCGCGGCACAACGGGCGUCCGAGCCCCGUAUAUUCGCGUCGUGGGGGUGCAACUCGACACUGAAGGUGUCGGUGGUUCCCCGACUUCUGUCGUGACCGCCGAAGAAGAAAACAUGUUUCGGCGAAUGGCCGAUUCGCCCAAUAUUUACGAACGAAUCGCCAAUAGCAUCGCACCGUCGAUUUUCGGAGCUCUUGAUAUUAAGAAAGCCAUAGCUUGUCUUUUAUUCGGGGGUUCCCGCAAACGUCUGCCUGAUGGUUUGACACGACGUGGCGAUAUUAAUAUUUUAUUAUUGGGGGAUCCCGGAACUGCCAAGUCGCAAUUAUUGAAGUUUGUGGAACGGGUGGCCCCCAUUGGAGUGUACACUUCUGGCAAAGGGAGCUCCGCUGCUGGGUUAACGGCGUCGGUAAUGCGGGAACCUUCCUCCAGGAAUUUUGUCAUGGAAGGAGGUGCGAUGGUUUUGGCCGAUGGUGGAGUUGUGUGUAUUGAUGAGUUUGAUAAAAUGAGGGAGGACGAUCGAGUUGCCAUUCACGAAGCAAUGGAACAGCAAACGAUUUCGAUCGCGAAAGCGGGGAUUACCACAACUUUGAAUUCGCGUUGUUCCGUUCUAGCGGCCGCUAAUAGCAUUUUCGGGCGUUGGGAUGAGACAAAAGGAGAGGAAAAUAUUGAUUUUAUGCCGACGAUUCUCUCACGUUUUGAUAUGAUUUUCAUUGUGAAGGAUGAACACGACCAACAGCGCGAUAUGACUUUAGCCCGGCAUAUCAUGGGCGUGCACAUGAACGCGGGCGAAGUCAACCAACCCAGGGACGGUGAACUUUCGCUCGAAUUCAUCAAAAAAUACAUCAGAUAUUGCAGGACCCGUUGUGGCCCCCGUUUGAACGCCGAAGCCGGCGACAAGCUCAAGCGCCGCUACGUCAUGAUGCGUUCCGGUGCCCACCAGCACGAGAAAGAGGUCGACAAACGCAACAGCAUCCCUAUUACGGUCCGUCAACUCGAGGCAGUAAUUCGUAUUGCGGAAAGUUUAGCCAAAAUGCAACUCCUUCCAUUCGCUACUGAAACCCACAUCAAUGAAGCUUUACGCCUGUUUCAAGUCUCAACACUGGACGCUGCCAUGAGUGGUGGCUUAGCUGGUGGUGAAGGGUUCACGACUGAAGAAGAGCACGAAAUGUUGAUCCGCAUCGAAAAACAGCUAAAACGCCGGUUUGCUAUCGGUACUCAAGUCUCCCACCAGACCAUCAUUCAGGACUUCACCCAACAGCAGUACCCUGAACAAGCCAUAAACAAAGUCAUCUAUACGAUGAUCAGGCGUGGACAAUUACAGCACAGGAUGCAACGAAAAAUGUUGUAUCGUAUCAGUUAAUUUAUUGUUGUCUUUGUAACAAUACUAAUUCUACCAACCGUC